CGGGAAAUGAAUUUUAAGUUCUCUUUCCUCAUAUAAAAAGGAUCUCUUCUUCAGUUCAUCAGAGAUUCAGAGCCAAUCCUCUUUCUUCAUUCUUAGUUUCAUAUACACAACAUUUACCUCUCUCGAUCUCUGCAUGAUACUCAUAUAAAUACCGCAACGAUAAAAAUACAUUAGAGCGAACUCGAGCUCGAUCUCCAAUGGCGUCGGCGGCAUGGCCAAAGCUCUGUUUUAUCUCAUUUCUAGCUCUGGCUUGGCUGUCUGUCAAUCUCGUUUCUGCAUUAAGCAACAGAAUGAUAACAAACGAACCUCAACACGUGGGAGGUGGUGUAGAAGAUCCAGAGGCAAUUGCAUUGAUGGUUCACACGAGCAUUCUUAAUGCAACAGAGAGGAGAAAGUUGGGUUUUUUCUCAUGCGGAACAGGAAAUCCCAUAGAUGACUGCUGGCGUUGUGACCCCAACUGGCAACAAAACCGUAAACGCUUAGCGGAUUGCCCUAUAGGCUUCGGACGUAAUGCUAUUGGUGGUCGAGACGGAAAGCAAUACGUUAUCACCGACCCCAGCGAUGAUGACGUGGUAAACCCAAAGCCAGGGACCUUAAGGUAUGCGGUCAUCCAAGUUGAGCCUUUAUGGAUAGUGUUCCAAAGAGACAUGGUCAUCACCCUCAAGGAAGAGCUGAUCAUGAACAGUUUUAAGACGAUAGACGCCCGUGGGGUCAACGUUCACAUAGCUAAUGGUGCUUGCAUUACAAUUCAAUUUGUGACCAACAUUAUCAUCCAUGGCCUUCACAUUCAUGACUGCAAGCCCACCGGGAAUGCCAUGGUCCGGAGCUCACCUACUCAUUAUGGUUGGAGGACGAUGGCUGAUGGUGACGGGAUUUCUAUUUUUGAUGCUAGCCAUAUCUGGAUUGACCAUAACUCCAUGUCUAACUGUGCUGAUGGGCUCAUUGAUGCUAUUAUGGGAUCAACAGCCAUCACCAUCUCAAACAAUUACUUCACCCACCACAAUGAGGUCAUGUUAUUGGGCCACAGUGACUCUUACUCUAGAGACAAGAUUAUGCAGGUCACAGUUGCGUACAACCAUUUUGGAGAGGGGCUGAUUCAAAGAAUGCCAAGGUAAAAAUGUCAAAUUGAGAUCUGUCUAAUUGAAAUCAGAUGGUUGAGAUCCAAUAAGCAGCCAAGUGAGGACUUCGCUUAGUUGCUUCGUUUGGAACUCAAUCGUCGGAUUAUGACUAGACAUCUCAGAUUGAGACAAGCAUGGUAAGCUGCUCGUAAUGGAAUACCAUAUUUGAGUUAGGGAUAAGUCUCAUUUAGGGACUGUAUGGAAAAGUUUACAUGGGCGAAAUGCUGAGAUGUAAUAAUGAGGUCAACUUUUUAAUCCAAGAGUGUGUAUUAGCAUCAAUUUCAGCCAAUCAAUCAACUCAAAAAACUACUGUCUGAUUACAAGUAAAAUAAGAUUUAAAUAGCUACCAAAUGGUGGAUGAACUUCUAAUUUUUGGGUUCCUUAGAAAGCAAGUCUAAUGAAUGAACCUAUUGUUGCUAAGCAGGUGUAGGUUUGGUUACUUUCACGUGGUGAACAAUGACUACACACAUUGGGAGAUGUAUGCCAUAGGAGGGAGUUCAUCUCCCACAAUCAACAGCCAAGGCAACAGAUUCCUAGCCCCAACCGACUCUUUUGCAAAAGAGGUGACAAAGAGAGUGAGGACACCCAAUAGCACAUGGAAGGAAUGGAAUUGGAGGUCAGAAGGAGACCUUAUGCUGAAUGGAGCUUAUUUCAUUCCAUCUGGAAGCGCGGGCAUGAGUAGCUACGCCAAGGCCUCCAGCUUGGCAGCCAAACCUUCUACCCUAGUCGGCACUCUUACAUCUGAUGCUGGUGUCCUAUCUUGCCGUGCUGGCAGCCAAUGUUAAAGUUCGAUUCAAUAUACACACCACCACCAUCAUCAUCACUAUCAUAUAGCCAAAUCAUCUUAGGACUAGAAUUAACCGGAUCAUAUUUGAUUCUUUAUAGUAAGUAAAAUUUAGGGGUUAUUUUUCCAAAAUCUCUUCAACUAGAAACUUGAGAGGGACACCUGUGGCAGAUUACCCUGAGGUACAUACCAUACACAUCCUGAUAUUUUCUUCUUGGUUGAUGGGGAAAGGAUCUAUCUCCUUCCAGCCUUCCUCACUCUGUCUGCAUUUGAGUCAAAGUUCAAUGGAUGGAGUGUAUUAAAAAGAAGCAUGGAAAGGAAACAUUAAGAGUUCAAUUUUCUAUACAUGUUUAUUUUUCUUGAAAAUGAACUUUUUAUAUACUACAAUUUAAUUCAUUAUUGUGUAAAAUUUACUUCAUAAGCAUGUUUUUCUGUUUCUUUCUGUAAAUGUAAACUUAUAUGAGGUACUCCGGUCCCUCUGUUCCCAAAACGUUAUUAUAGAUUUCCAGCCUGUUCUGAAGUUAUUUUCUAUUUAACUUCUAC